UGUUUGUACUGCGUCGUGCAGAUAUAUUUGGUCGGGAUUGGUUGGAAUGUUGAAAUAGUGUGUGGCUGAGAAUAUUCGUAGUCAUUAGUGUUUUCGGAUCAUUAUUGUCAGAUUUAAUUAUUGCGAAGCUGAAAAAUCGCUGUAAACAGUGAACUAAACUCAUGAACCUGUGUUUAUGACAGUACUAAAGGUGUGGAAAUGGCGCGACUGAUCCGUUUAUCGGUGAUUCUUUUGUGUUUAAUUGGAGUGAUAUGUGCAGAACCGAAUGUCGGUACAUUUAAAGAUGAAGUGCAGUUCGUAUUGGACUCGUUUAAUGAUCAACCAGGUUCUCAAUACGUUUAUGAUUCAGCGAAGAUAAUAAAUGCGUAUAACAAAAAUGAUUCUCUCCCUUCAUUGUUCUUCAUGCAGUUAGACAUUACUGUUAGCUGCAACAAUUCAGUAGAUUGUACUCCAUCACAUCUAAUAUGUGAGCUUGUGUUAAGAGAGGAUUCAUCAAAAAACACAAGGGAUAUAUAUGAAGAUAGAACAAAAUGUGCCAAGAAGGAAUUUGAACCAAUAUUUCCAGUAAAUGACCAUGGAUUUGGCGAAGAAAAUGUUAGUGAUGAAAUUAGAAGUAUCGCAGCUUUUGCAGUCCAGCACGUGGAAAAUAAUGGAGAUGCCAAAAGGAGUGUUGUUGACAUUAUGUCAGUUAAAAGACAGAGCGCCGGAAAUUUUACAACUUUAUACUUGACACUGAAAGUUGCAAGAACCGAUGGAGGAGACACAUUGUUGUUUGAAGUGUGUGAAGCUGAAGUGAACCAGACUGCCGAGAUGGCUCUGGAAUCGACCCUGGCAUGUUUCCCUCUUACUGGGAUGCUGCCUGAUGUACCAAUGAGUGCUGCCGAUAUAACCACCAUGGCUGAAAGAGCUGCAGAAGAACUUGACAGUCUCUCAUUUUCAGAAUUUACGUUGAAGCUAGUGGAUGUAUUGAGAGCUGAAACAACGGUUACUCCAGGAUCUGAAGCCGUUCUUACAACGCUUGACCUCCGCAUAGCACCAACGCUGUGUCUGAAGAAUGUCGAUGUUGAAGGUGAUACUGAUGGACUUUAUGAAAAGCGACAGUGUCCAGAGAAUGUAUCAAACAAACGUUUUAUAUGUUCCAUCACGAGCUGGGAUCGCCCUUGGAUCGAAGACACGCUUUAUUCGGAACCAACUUGUUAUCAAGACGCACAUAAUGGAACUGAUGAGGCCAGACAUACAAAUGAAGAUAUGAGAGAGCUUCAAGAAGAUGUUUUGAACACAAUGUUGAAUGAUCAGAUAGAACCAUUAAGUGAACAGACGUCAUUGCCAGCGGUAGAACAUUAUUCCAUUACAGCUGUCGACGAGCAAGACCCGGUAGUAGAAACUGUAGAAGAGUCGCGGAAGCCAAUAGUGGAAGAACCUAUUAUAGCUACACAUACGUACUGCACAGGAUGUCUGACUGAUCUUGACGUCAGCAACCCAGCAUUGCAGGAAUAUGUGGAUCAAGCUGUUGCGGUAAUUGACGAGGGGUCGUACGGAAGGUACAUGCACAAAGUAACGAGGAUUGCCAAAGCACAAAAGCAGGUUGUUAAUGGAGUUAAAUAUAUACUUCAACUAGAAGUUGCAGAAACGUCAUGUAUGAAGGGUUCAACACUGGAUAGAACUUCUUGCGAACCAAGUACGAGCGAUAUCAAAACAUGCUUAGUCGAAUUCUUGGAGAAACCUUGGUUGGAUACUAGCCGUGAAAUUAUCGGCAAUAAUUGUACUUAUUACGACAAUGACCUUGAAAAUGAGAUUGAACCAAACUUUGUACCAAGUUAUCAAGGCGGUCGUCAGGAAAUGUUUGACUACCUCGAUGCAAUGGAUGAACCAGAACCCGUGACUGCAAGAAUACCUUUUUCCUAUGGCAGAGAUGGCUUAUAUUUACCUGAACAUGAGCCAGAUAAUCGCCCCGUUGAAAGUGACGCUGAACAAAUUUAUGUUAAUAAUCCUGAUGGCAAACAAAAGAAGUCUGAUAAAUCAAAACUUGAUGAACCGAGGUCUGAAUCUAUUAGUGAGGAAGAAAAUUCAUCGAAAUCCAAAAUAGGAAGUGAUGACUUCAAAGAAGCAGAACAGACAGAAAGUCAGAAAGUACAAGGUGAUUCUGAUGAAAGUGACCAGAGUUCUGACGAGAGUAAUGAAAAGCAGGAAAAAAUAAUGGAAGAUUUUGGAGCGUAUUUUACGGGAGAGAAUCGUAACAGAAGGGAGACCACUCCGCGGUCUACUCUCGGUGGUCUGAAGGAUAUUGACAAAUCAGAACUAGAACUUGUCAACAAACUCGCACACAUCGCUGUCCAAACAUUAGACGAGAUUGACGAAGACGAUAAGAAGCGUGUGGUAUUAGAGGUCCUGAGUGCACAGAAACAGAUUGUAAAUGGUGUACUGUACCACCUGCAUCUUAGAGUGGGAACUACGUCUUGCAGUGAGAGUGGAGCCAAUAAGCCAGACUGCAUGGAACAUCACUCAUCACCUGUAAAAAUAUGUAAAGUGGAAUUACACCGAACAUUUACUGACAACUCGCAUCUAGAUGCCAAAGUUGUGAAGUCUGAAUGUACCACAGAAGAAAGUAUUUUGCCCGAGAAGAAAUUAAGACAAAAACGUGAUGUUGUACCAGGAGGUCCCUUACCUGCCAAUACGAGUGAUACGUACAUCACUGAUCUGGCAGAUUUUGCCGUUACUGAAUUGGACAAGAGUACUAAUUCAUUGUACAGUCAGUGUCUUGUCAGGAUUGUCAACGCAUCAAAACAGGUGGUAGCUGGUUAUAACGUGUUUCUAGUUUUGGAAGUUGGUCAAAGUACUAAGCGUAAAGGAGAGGCUGAAAACAGUACUUGUGAACUGAAUCAAAAUUUGGGGAUUAAAACUUGCCAUGUCACGAUAUGGGAUCAACCUUGGCUUGAAAAUUCUUAUCAAGUUACAUCAUUAGUUUGUUCAGCCCCCGAGUCCAAGGCCAAUAGCGAACUGCCAACAGAUCGAGUGAGAAGGCAAACUGAUAUGAUCUUAGGAGCUCCAUCUCAAGCUGAUGUUAAUGAUUCUUACAUCCAGGAGAUAGCAAGACAUGCGUUAGCAGAAGUUGACAGAAGAUCUAAUGCAAUUUAUAGACAGAAAAUUGUUAGGAUAGUGAAUUCACAGAAACAGGUUGUUGCUGGAACGCUGGUGCGGUUGACCUUAGAACUGGGAUAUACUUCUUGUCGUAAAGGAGAAGAUGGUGAUAUCAGUAAUUGUCAGCUUAAGGAAGAUUCGAGUAAUCAGAUUUGUAAUGUUGAUGUAUGGGAUAGGUCAUGGCUUAAUCUACGAGAAGUCACCAAUGUUUCAUGCAGUUCUGCUUCCGAAAACACAGCUGCAGCUUCUGAAUCGCCAUCAGGCCGAGCAAGAAGGCACGCUGAUGUUCUCGUAGGAGCUCCAGCUCAAGCUGAUCUCGAUGAUCCUUACAUCCAUGAUAUGGCAAAAACUGCGUUAGAAGAAGUUGACAGAAGAUCUAAUGCACUUUAUAGACAGAAAAUUGUUAGGAUAGUAGAGGCACAAAAGCAGAUGGUUGCUGGAGUGUUGACUCAUUUAACUUUGGAACUGGGGUACAGCGCUUGUCGUAAAGGUCAUGAUGCAGAUAUAGAUGGCUGCCAGCUAAAGAAUGAUUCGAAUAAUCAGAUUUGUCAUAUUGAAGUGUGGGAUCGGCCAUGGCUUAAUCAGCGUGAAGUCAAUCAUGUUUCAUGCAGUUCUGCUGCAGAUAAUAGAGUAAAGAGGAGAUCAUGGAUAGGUGGUGGUAGCCAUGACAUUCACAUUGGAUUGUUUGACGAAUUUGUAAAUAAACACAACAAACAUUAUCAAAGCGAGGCAGAAUAUAAACGUCGUUUUCAUAUUUUUAAAGCGAACAUGAAAAAAGUUGAACGUCUACGGAGGACUGAACAGGGCACCGCUGCGUAUGGGGCAACACAGUUUGCAGAUCUUACACCAAAGGAAUUCAAGAAAUACCAUCUUGGUCUUAAUCGCAAAUUGAAAGUUUCCAACGACAUCCCACUGCAAGAAGCUAAAAUUCCUGAUGUCACUUUGCCAAAGGAGUUUGACUGGCGAAAUUUCAGCGUUGUUACAGAAGUCAAAAAUCAGGGUUCGUGUGGCUCAUGUUGGGCAUUCUCGGUGACUGGAAACAUUGAGGGUCAGUGGGCACUUAAGAAGGGAAAGUUGUUCUCGCUUUCAGAACAAGAGUUAGUGGAUUGUGACAACUUGGAUGAUGGUUGCAAUGGAGGUCUUCCAGAGAAUGCUUAUAAAGCCAUUGAAUCGUUGGGGGGCUUAGAAACUGAAAAAGAUUACCCUUAUGAAGGCGAAGAUGAAAAAUGCCAUUUUAAGAAAAGUGAUGUGAAAGUUACAGUUCAAGGAGCUUUAAAUAUUACUAAGAAUGAAACAAAGAUGGCUCAGUGGUUGUAUAAAAAUGGACCCAUCUCAAUUGGUAUCAAUGCAAAUGCUAUGCAGUUCUAUAUGGGUGGUGUAUCACAUCCAUGGAAAUUCCUGUGUGACAGGGAAAAUUUGGAUCAUGGUGUUCUGAUCGUUGGUUUUGGCGUACACACAUAUCCAAUGUUUCAAAAAGUACUUCCAUUUUGGAUUAUUAAGAACAGCUGGGGUGCAAACUGGGGUGAACAGGGCUAUUAUCGAGUGUAUCGUGGUGAUGGAACCUGCGGAGUGAAUCAGAUGGCGACAUCAGCCAUUGUCGUUUAAGGUAAUGUACCCGCUAAGAAACAAAUACGUUGUCCCUUUUGAUUACUUCCACAAAAGGAUGUGUAAAUGGUGGGACAUACAUGAUAUUAUUUAACAUUUUCAUGGAAUGUUUUGCCCAAACCAGAAUCUCUAUUUUAUGCAACUGUAUUUUUUAAUCUUAUGGGAGGACCAUAAUUCAUUGUUUUUUUGAAGGGAUGGAUUUCCAUGUUAGAAUUUGGUAUAAAAUGUAUGUUUUAAUACAUUACGUGGUUUUAUACAAAAUUUCAAAAUGAAGGAAGUGAUUUACUUCUCUAAUGUUGUUAAGUUUGGUUUCUCUGAUAAUAAAUUGCUUGUUAUUACAAGUAUAUGUAGAAAUUGUACUUAUGAAGUAUUUGUAGCAACAUGGACUUCCAUCACCAGUUUUAUAUACUUUGCUGUUGUUUUUUUACAUCUUAUAUCAGACAUUAACAUGACACAGAUUCAUAGCAGUUUUAAAGUAAGAUUACUUUCAAAAGCUGCAUAUGAGUCAUAUUUUUGUAACAUUAAUGUAGAUUAAGUUGUACCAAGUUUACAAAAGCGAAUUUUCGCAAAAUCUUACGAAGGCGGGAAUCUUCUCAACAGAUACUGUUAGAUGCAUGAAAAGAUUCUGUGAAUGCAAUUGACAUGUGGGCAUUACGUACGGCAGAACUGCGGAUUUUUGUGCGCAGCAGAAUUUUAAUAAUUAUUUGAGAUUUUUAUGCUGUGCUUCCAUAAAAAUCUCAUCAAUUUAAAUAAGAAUUAUAUUUUAAUAGCUUUUAAUUACCUUACAUAACUGUUUGCAUUUUGUGUGACUAAAGGAUAUAAAUAAUUUAAUAUUUUAGGGCCUUUUGUUUUCUGUGGUAAGUGGCUGUAACACAAAGAGUGAGUCAUUACAUAUCAUUUUAUGAACAAAAUACCAAGAGGAGAAUAUUGACCUAAAUUUAAAUAAAUUUAUACAAUGAAACUUGGGGUUUCAAUUUUUUGUAUUUACCCAUGAGUGGACUGUUAUGUAAUCUACUAAUGACUGAAACUUGUUAAAGUAUAUAGCUCACUCUUCGUGAAGGAAACCGCUCAGAUGUAAAGUCAGAUUUUUUUUUUACAAAAUGUCUUCCUGUGAAUUGGUUCCAUCAAUAUCAUCUUCUAACUUACUAAGAUUUAUAUGUCUCAAAAUAAAAUUCAUUCUCUUUCAUGUUACGGAGCGUGUAGGAAAAUGUAUGUAAAUUAUCAGUACAUUAUGUUGAGUGGUGCUUUAUAUUUUUGAUUCCCAGUAAAAAGUUCUCAAGUCAGUUGUAACUUGAAUUACACUAAGUACGAUUUGUGGCUUUUAUGAUGGCGAGUCCAAAGAUGGUUGUCUUCUGGGUUGCUGCGCUGUGUAGUCUAGUAGAAGUUUACCAGCGUUUCAGAGGUCCUUGCUGCGUCCAUCGCCCUGAUGAUAGAGGCAGCAAGGACCUCUGAAACAAUGGUAAACUUCUACCAGACUACACAGAGCAGCAACCCAGAAGACAGCCAUCUUUGAAUUACAGUCUUUGUAGUGAGCACUGAAGAUAUAUGUAGAAGACCAAAUAUUAGUCGAUAUACUUUUCUGCAAAUGCUUAUGAAGUUUUGCUGGCUGCUAUAUAGUAUAUUAUUAUCUAACAGGAAAGCUCUUUGCAGAGAAUAUGGUGCAUGCUGCAUCUGAUAUGUAGAAUCAUCUCGAAGAUUAUGUUCAUCUGAAUGUCAUGUUGGACUUCAUUUGAUUGUUAUGUACCACACUCUAACAUUUCUGUUGGGUUAGAUAAGCAAUAAGUAGCGCAGUGAAGGGUCACAUUGUCUGCAUUUAGCUUUUCUACUGAAAGUAGUAUAACUCACUAUUAGCUUAUUGCUUACUCACAUAAUGGAGUUGUGUAUGAUCUGAAGCUUUCAUGGUGACAAAGUAUAAUACAUUCUUCUCGGGCUACGAGCCCUGUAAAGUGACUUAACGAAGAAAAAACCAACGUUGGCCUUUUCUUCAUUAGGCCACCUUACACGGCUGGUAGCCCGAGAAGAAUUUAUUAAAGGAAGUACGUUGUACCUAUCAGACAGUUUUAUAUCCUUAUUAUAUACAUGGAAAAUUUUUGUGACUUUUCCUUUAAGAACAGAUUUGUAGUGAUAAAAAAUGUUUUAAUAAUUGAUGUAUCUAAUAUAUGGGUAUUACACAUUAAUUUAAGUGAUUUUUAUGUGUACAGUGUUAAAAUAUACAAUAGAAAGUGGGAUCUAACAUAAUA